AUGGCGCGGCAGGCCGGCUCGGGCGCGGGGCAGGGCACCGCGGCCAUGGGACGGGCGUCUCGGGCGCGGCGGGCGCAGGCAUCAGCAGACGCGGCGGGCGAGGGCGGGCGAGGGCGAGGGCCAGGUGCGGGGAGGGGCGGGGCAGGCCGGGCGCGGGCGCGCGCUGCCCGGGUUGGGCCAGCCGCGGCCAUGGCAAGCACGGCCAGGACAGGCCGGCGAGGGGGGCGGCCGACGCGGCCGGGAGCUGGGCUGGGUGGGAGCGACCGGGUGCGGCGCGAGGAGAGGAGGCUGCUACUAGCACUCGUCGACGCACACCCAUGGCGGAAUUCCUCGCUGUGGCCGUGGCAUGGCCGUGGCGGAGUCCGUGGCCAUGGCAUGGCCGCCGCGGAGGCCGUGGCCAUCAUCGAGGAGCUUUUCCAAUGGAGCAAUGGAGUGGAUUAA